AUGUUCCUUACUGUUACGUUGAGUUGCAUCGUCGACGGUAACAAGAAGUUUCGCAUAUUCUCGGGUAACUUCGCGUGCGGCAUCGUGCUGGAGAACCUGGUGGUGCAGCACGCGCUCAACGGCGUGCACGUGGGCGCGUGUCAGUUCGCUGCGCGCCGAGUCACCUUCCAACACAACGUCGCGGACAAGACCUCUACUGGAGGGGCGGUUUUCAACUCUAGAGACAGCUCACCCACUGCUGGCUCGCCCCUGCAGUUCACUACGUGCGUCUUCCGUAACAACACCGCUGCCGGAAAUGGCGGCGUUAUCAACGUGGGGAGGGACCCCACGGGAGGGCCCGAUGUGAAGAUCGCUAAGGCCAUCUUCACCACGAGCCCCUACCUCACCUCCAUCGGCACUAGAUUCUCCGCCCUCCCUGCAAGCGCUGGGCGCGGUGGUGCAAUUCUGCAACUCCAACUUCCGCCGCAACAGGGCGCCGGUCGUGGCGGCAGGGCCAUCUUCACCACGAGCCCCUACCUCACCUCCAUUUGCACUCGUUUCUCCGCCAACACGGUGGUAAACGGCCGAGGCGCACGUGGCGGCGGUGCCAUCCUCACAACUAGCCUUUACCUCCCAUCCAUCGGCACUCUUUUCUCCGCCAACACAGUGGUAAACGGGCGGGGCGGUGCCAUCUCCCUGCAAGCGCAGGGCGCGGUGGUGCAAUUCUGCAACUCCAACUUCCGCCGCAACAGGGCGCCACUUUUCUCACCACUCCUCCCUCACUCCCCUACCCUCCCCCCCAUUCAUCCCCUCUCCUUGUCCCCGUUUCCCUCAGCUCGUGGCGGCGGUGCUAUCCUCACCACAAGCCCAAUCCUCACCUCCAUCGGGACGCGUUUCUCAGCCAACGCAGUGACAAACGGGCGGGGCGGUGCAAUCUCCAUACAAGCACAGGGCGCGGUGGUGCAGUUCUGCAACUCCAACUUCCGGCGCAACAGGGCGCCGGUUGGCUGCACGGGCUGCUCUGGCGAUUGCAACGGCCGCGGCACAUGUGCACUCGCCUCCGAUCUCAACCCCUACUGCAAGUGCUAG